UUUCAGUUUGUUUUGACCGCGCGACGCGCUCUGGUGUUAGCGUUAGGUCUUUAAAUCGCUCGCGGAUUAAAAGCAAGAAUUUGUAAAUAUUUAUUUACAACUUUAUUUUAAAGUGGCACGGCACAAGUUUUGCCACUUAGCACUCACUGCCGAAAACAUCGAUAAAUAAUGAUAAUGACCAAUAACGAUGGUCAAAUGAUUGCCAACUAAGCGAACAGUGUUUAAGCCGAAUAAAUAACUCUACACAAGGCAAAAUCAAAUACAGGCACUUGAGCAAACAGAAAAGUGCAUUAAGCAUACGCCACGCAUCAAGUAUACGCCACGAUGUCCAAUGGCAAGGCUGGCACAGCUGCCGUAACAGCUGAGAAAAAUGGCUCGCUGAACGAUCGGCCAUUGUUCAUGCAAAAUAGCAACGGCGGACGUAUUCCCACCGGCGAUGUGGAAGUCAGCAACUUCCGACGCGCCCUCCCACAGUUUCUAGCUGUUAGUAUUAAGAACAUAUUGCUAUUCGGAUAUGGCAUGACCUUGGGCUUUCCCACAAUCGUUAUACCCGCCAUUCAGGGAGGCGAGGGUCGCAGUGAGACCAGCGGCGACAUAGUCCUCAACAAGGAUGAGAUCUCUUGGUUUAGCUCUAUUAACCUGAUCUGUGUGCCUCUGGGAUGCCUCUUCUCCGGCCUCCUCACUCAACCGCUGGGCAAGCGCCGAGCUAUGCAGUUUGUCAACCUGCCGAUUCUGGCCGCCUGGCUGAUGUUUCACUUCUCGACGCGCACGGAACACCUGUAUGCGGCUUUAUGCUUGGCUGGACUUGGUGGCGGAUUAAUGGAGGCGCCGGUGCUCACCUAUGUGGCGGAGAUCACAGAGCCAAAGUACCGCGGAAUAUUGUCCGCCUUGGGAACUACUUGUGUCAUCACAGGCGUUUUCAUUCAAUUCAUCUUGGGAUCCCUGAUGGACUGGCGUAGUGUGGCGGCAGUGAGUUCUGCCUUCCCGGUGAUCACCAUUAUAAUGCUGUGCUUUGUUCCCGAGAGUCCGGUUUGGUUGAUAAGGGAGCAGCGUUUCCGGGAGGCGGUCAAGUCCUUGCAAUGGCUACGUGGCUGGGUCCCCGAGCACAUGAUCGAGGCAGAGUUCAAUCAGCUCUAUGAUGAAUUGAUCACCCAGAAGGCCAUAGAACUGUCUGCGGAAGGAGUGCCCCUGCAGAGCCAGCGGCGAACUAUAAGUCAACGUCUGAGGAUGUGGCGAAAACGUAGCUUUCUGGUACCCUUUCUCCUGGUUUCCUUCUCGUUUUUCACGGGUCACUUUUCCGGAAAGACCCCACUCCAAACGUAUGCUGUGCAGAUUUUCCACACCCUGAAGGCUCCGAUGAACAAGUACCACGCCACUAUUCUUCUGGGAGUAGCCGAGAUGCUGGCCACCAUUUUGGGCGUUGUCCUGAUUCAUUUCACAGGAAAGAGACCCUUAGUCCUGGUUUCAACAGUAGGCACCGGUCUGUGCUUCUUUGGCACUGCAACAUAUGCCCAUUUCUUAAGUGAAGUCCCUGGAUUUACAGUCAACAAUGUGGUGGUUAAUGCCUCUUCAAUUGUGCCCAAAGAAGGAAUUCUCUCGCAGGAAAAUAUUUCUAGAAUCUUUGAGACAGAGCAACAGGCUAUUAGACAGGAAACGGAACACUUUACUACACUAAUUCCAGACAUGGAAACCACAACGAUGUUUGAACCAGAAGUCUAUAAUCGCAGUAAGAGGGAUGUAGACGAAAUGAUGACCACAGAUGGUCCUGUGGACACCACCAUGUGGCCGGAGCCAUCCAGCAGUACAGAACUCGUAGUUUCUUCAUCCUUGGCGCCACCUACGACUUCGGCUAAGCCACCUAUCGUAGAUGAACUUCUGCUGGUGGUGCCGAAACAGGAGCACAACUACCUAGUCUGGGUGCCACUCAUCCUGCUACUGCUCUCCGCUUUCUUCUCUCAUCUGGGAAUCAGAAUGUUACCCUGGAUCCUCAUUGGCGAAGUAUUUCCAGCUGAGAUACGUAAUACUGCCUCAGGAUUUGCGGGUGGUGUGGGAUAUAUAUUUGGCUUCUUGGCUAAUAAGCUCUUCCUUGUGAUGCUGAGUGCUUUAACUCUGCCCGGAACGUUCGCCUUUUAUGCCACUGUGGCCUUCGUUGGAACCAUUGUCCUGUACUUCACACUUCCGGAGACAGAAGGUCGAACACUGGGUGAAAUCGAAGCCCACUUCUCCAAAAAGUCAGACAUGAAUUUGCUUCGCAAACAGCCCAACAACAAGUUGCCUGUUAAGGACGAAGCCCAGUACCCCGGAAAUGCUAUAAAUGUCCAGGGUAGCUUCCAUGUUCCCAUCACAUCGCAGCAGCAGGCGAAGAUUAUACACCUGCAACAGAGUGACUUCACACCCCGGCCCCAAAAUGGACGGUCGGCCGGAGUUGGAAUGUCUAAUCCGGCCUUCGAGGAGAGCAACACCACACAUUUGUGAGGAGUUGCUAGUGGUCUAUGUCGCUCGUGUCAUCACCUAAAACAUCAUUUCCAAGUGCUUAACAUUCCAGUGAUAUUUCUGAGAAAUAAACUUAACUAUUUAGAUAUAUA